AUGACAUCUAUCAAAGGACCCGGUGACCGUGAAACCUAUGAUGGUACUGGUCUCCGAAUUGCCAUUGUACAUGCUCGUUGGAACACAAAAAUCAUCGAUGCGCUUGUAUCCGGAGCUGUGAAUAGCCUCAUCUCGACAGGAGUGUCCAAGGAUAACAUCGUCAUCCAGACCGUGCCCGGAAGCUAUGAAUUGCCAAUUGCAGUUCAAAAUAUAUAUAGGGCAUCGCACGUCCAAGCAGCCGCCAGCUCUACAACCGGCAACAUCGCCGCAACCGACCUCCUCUCCUCCUCAACCUCUGACUUGACUCAACAGGCUACUACUACUACCACAUCCUCCUUGUCAGCAUCGGCGGCAUCAACAGCCCCAUUCGACGCAAUUAUCGCCAUCGGCGUGCUCAUCAAGGGCGAAACAAUGCACUUUGAAUACAUUUCCGAGGCUGUCUCGCAUGGUAUCAUGCGUGUGCAACUCGAGGCUAAUGUCCCGGUUAUCUUUGGAUUGUUGACUCUGUUGACUGAGGAGCAAGGUCUUGAGCGGGCUGGAUUGGGUAGCGGAAAGAAGCAUAAUCAUGGUGAGGAUUGGGGUCUUGCGGCUGUUGAGUUGGCUUUGAAGAGGAAGGGGUGGUCUGAGGGAAGAAUUGUUGCGUGA